UGUUGACACACUGUAAGGGAGACAGACACACGUGGAGUAACACCAUACAGUAGGUGUUGUCUUACCUUCUGUUGAUCAGUGGAGUAACACCAUACAGUAGGUGUUGUCUUACCUUCUGUUGAUCAGUGGAGUAACACCAUACAGUAGGUGUUGUCUUACCUUCUGUUGAUCAUGGGGAAGAAAAGAAAAUAUGGAGAGAACCAGGAUGAUGAUGAUAGCGCAGAGGAAUCCUCUCAAAGACAAAUAACAGCGGGACACAUCCGGAAUCUAGAGACGAGACUUAUUGUCGUCUUGGAAAGAGCAAACCUGGAAAGUGUUAAGAAUGGUAAAAGUUAUGAGCUCCUCAACUGUGAUGACCACAUGGGGCUGAUGAAGAAGUACAACAAGGACCCGGCUAACUAUCGCCCAGAUAUCCUCCAUCAGUGCCUUCUAAUGCUGCAAGACUCCCCUCUUAAUCAAGCUGGCAAACUCCAGGUGUACAUUCACACAGAGAAGAAUGUCCUCAUUGAAGUCCAUCCUCAGUGCAGAAUACCAAGAACCUUCAAGAGAUUUGCAGGUCUUAUGGUUCAGCUCUUGCACAAAUUGAAUGUCCGAGCUUCCGAUGGGAACAUGAAGCUAUUGAAAGUUAUACGCAAUCCAGUCACGGACCAUCUCCCUCCUGGCUGCAAAAAAAUUGGCACCUCAUUCACAGCUACGAAAUUGGUCAAUCCUCGAGAGAUUGUUCCCAACAAUGAACCAAUUGUUGUGGUUAUUGGUGCUAUGGCUCAUGGAAAGGUGGAUACAGAAUACGUGGAAGAAGAGGUUUCAUUCUCCAGAUACCAUCUCUCUGCUGCUUUAGUUUGUGCUAAAAUAUGUUCUGGUUUUGAAGAAGGUUGGAAUAUCAAAUGAAAUUGUAUUUCAGAUCUUCAAGUAAAAUUAGAAGGCUAUAAACCGGUUUGUAUUUUCCUUUGUUGCCGUGUUUAUUGUGUAAUUUGUCAGUCAGAUAAGUUUUCAAAUGUUACAAUAUAUGUAUGGCAUCUCAUUCUUUAUAAUGUUGGCCCCAGUUUUCUGAUAUUACAGCAGUACAGGAAAAACAGUACAGCUUAAAACUUAGAUACUCACUUGUGAGCUUUGCAUAAAGUAAUUUAUAAACAGCCAGAACAGUUGCUAAAUUUAGAUAUUAUUUUAAUAAUUUAUUUAAAGCAUAUUUAAUUAUGUAAUAUACUUUUAGUGAGCGUGAAACUACACCCCGGUUGCCAUCAAGCAUGUUGAAAUUUUACAGAUGGAUGCCCUUCCAAAAUGCCAACCCACAGGGUCACAACUCCAGUUAAUCAGAGACUACCUGCAAUACUUGGGUAUUAUACUGAAAUAAAAAAUCAAACAUUCUACAAAAAUUUCCAUAAAGCUGGACAUAAUUACCAUAGUACUUACAAGAGAGUGGGAAGAUUCGUGUCCUUCCCAGUUUCUGAUGAACUGUAAAGGUCAGGCUAAACUUACAUAUGAAUCUGUAAUUAAGAGAUAAUAGGAAUCAGGGAACCUGUUAAUACAAAGUCACUUUUAUUUCUAUCUAAUGUACAAAAUAUAUAAAUGGCUGUAGUUAA